CUUCCCUUGUUUCCUCAGGCCUGCAAAGGAGAAGAAGAAGAAGAAGAACUCACCAACCCAUCUUCUUCAUCUCAGCUUCCAAGCUCAGGAGGCGGUGCUGCUCCGGCCAGACUCUCUCGCCGUCCACCGCCAACAAUGGAGAUGAAGAAGAUCGCCUGCGCCGUCCUCGUCGCCGCCGCUUCGGCAACUGCAGCCUUCGCUGCUGAAGCCCCCGCCCCUUCCCCCACCAGCGCCUCCUUCGCGGUUGCACCCGCUGUCGGAGCCGUGCUUGGGGCCUCCGUCCUCUCCUUCUUCGCCUUCUACUUGCAGUAGCCUCUCGCAAGGAGAAAGAAAUGGAUCCUGUCUCUUUCUCUCUCUCUCUCUCUCUCUCUCUCUAUA